CUCUUAUUUGGCAGACAUCCUCGUCUACCUAUUGAUAUGAUCCUAAACCUGGAGAGCGAGUCAACUGAGUCACCGAAUUAUAGAGAGUAUGUAAACAACUGGAGUGAAGCGAUGUCUGAAGCGUACAAGAUUGCAAACGAAAAGAGUUCACAAAGUAGAGCGAAAGGGAAAAAGCUAUACGACCGCCGCAUCCGUAGUUCGGAGUUACGACCGGGGGGUAGAGUUCUUGUACGAAAUCUGAGUAAACGAGAUAAACCUUGCAAGCUGCGAAGUCAUUGGGAAGACAAGAUACAUGUCGUGGUCACUAGGAGAGGGGAAGAUAGCCCAGUCUAUACAGUUAAACCCGAAAGUUCUGAUGGCCCGAGUAGAACUCUUCAUCGUAAUAUGCUGUUACCGUGUAGUUCACUUCCCGUGGAACCGCUGUUGAACCAAAAAACGCCUCGUCGUCAAAGAGAAAAUACAGUUCCUCCCAGCACAAGAUCUACUAGUCAACCGGAAUCAGAUGAAGACGAAUUAGAUGGGUUAACAUUUGUACCAUUGGCGAAUGAUCAGAGGAGUGGGGCGGACGUAACCGAUGCCGUGACACCAGCUCAAGACGGCGACCACGGACAUGAUGAGAUAGACAACUCAGAGUUACCAGCGGGCGAGAAACCAGACGUAUUGGCCCUUGAUGAACAACAACCAACCAUUCCACCGCCAGCAACGGAAAAUGCGUCUAUUCCACCACCACUUAUGGAAAAUACCAGACCUAGCAGAAACAGAAACCCACCACCAAGACUAAAUUAUUGGACACCAGGUAACCCAGUCACAGGCAUUUCAUACCCUGGUAGUAUGAACACUAUUUUCGGUUUUGUAGAGCCUAGUCAACCAGGAGUGACGCCUUUCCCACCAAUGAAUUCCAUUUCUUAUAUGUGGCAGCCAACCCCCCUACCUUAUAAUCCCUUCGCAUACCUCGGACCUCAUUGUCCGUACUGUGGAACAAUGUUCUUUAAUUAGAUAAGUACGUUAACGUUGUAUUGAACUGAAGAUCGUGAUCUUCGAAAGAAACUUUAAGUGCAUGUUCGUUUUGAAAUUUGAAACGAUGUUGUUUGAAAACAUACGAUAGUGGAACGAGUAAUAAAAAACGAACUGACUCUUGCCCGAAAUGACUGCAGCAUCUCGUGUUGGAUAAGUUUGUGAGAUUUGUAAUUGUUGGAGAUUUCAUGAUUCGUUGAAUCAAUGUCGUGUUUGACAUUUCUUUCCAGGGGGAAAGUGUAGGGCCCCUGCCCUUAGUUGUAUGAUUACGCAAGAAUCACGCGUGGGACACUCGCGGGACAAUAUAUAGAUUAACAGUUGCUUCGAGCACAUGUAAAACGAGAGUUUAUAUAGUUCACAUUUUGUUAGUAAUAAAAUAUAUAUCUUUUGCAAUCGUUAUGUUCCAUACGUGAAGGGAAAAAGGAGUAACAGCAGUGCUGAUGGUGAUGGCAGCAGCAGUGAUGGUAGCAGAGAUUAUGGUAAUGUAGCAGUACUGAUGGUGAUGGUAGCAGUGCUGAUGGUGAUGGUAGCAGAGAUUAUGGUAAUGGUAGCAGCGCUGAUGGUGAUGCUGAGAUCAGUACUUCUGAGAUAUUAGACAAUUGAUGUUUUGUAAAUGCAAAACAAGACCUUUUUUAUAUUAAAAGUUGGGUUGUUUACAUUUAUACUUUCAAUAGCUUUGUAGUUUUGAAAUAUAAACAUUAAUCAUAUUAAAAAAUUCUUUAUGAUCACAAUGGCUUAAUUUCUCGUGACCCUCCCUUUUUUGCUGUCUAUUUUUUCAUGACCUUCUCUUUUGAAGGGCUCAAAAAAUUAUGACCCUCCCCUGUUUUCCAUCCCCCCUCCCCCCCUGCUAAUUUCUGACAAGUCCCUUAGGUACCUCAAGUACCUGAAAAUGCAAAAAAAAUUUUUUCAUUUUUUCGCAAAAUUUCAGGUGUACUCCCCCCCUUAAGCCUAAGUUUGUUUGUUUGCGUACUAUAUUGGCCCUAAAAUGUUCGUUAUCCAAACACGACAUUAAAUAUACUAAAAAGUAAAUGCGUAUAAAAUUCUUCAGUACUUUUGAGUAUUUUACCGAAAUGGCAUGUGAUAAAAACCAAACAUACUUGCAGGUUCGGUGAGUCCGGGACUGGACGCACCUCGGGUGGCUGGAAGUUUCCCGAACUCACCUCGCUUCGCUCGGUGAGUCCGGCAAACUUCCAGCCACCCUUGGUGCGUCCAAUCCCAGACUCACCUCCCUGCAAGUAUGUUUGUUUUAUAACUCACUUCAUGCAAACAAAUUCACUUGUUGAAAAACAAGCUUUAAUAACUAAAGUUAUAUUUCUAGGGUAGAUCUACAUUCACCCCUUGAUGAGUAAAAUUGUCUGGCGUUAGACAGAGUAUAAUAAUAAAGUAGGGCGCACCAGAUCACAAUGCAACUCAAUGGGUUAACUAGACACAUGGCGGGCCAAACAAAUGAAAAAGCACAAUUAACACAACUAUAUAUACUGUAUCUUCCAUAUGAUAUAUACCAUCCGCUAACAUACCUCACAAGCACGGUCAACCCAAGACUCUGUAAGGUUUGUUAUAACCCCAAUACACAGUCACGUCAUUAUUCAAUGUUCCAUUUAAAAUGACAACAUCUCUCCAAUACCAUCCAUUUAUCUCCUUGAUGUUAUUUUUUAUUUUUUGUUGAACCAAUGGGAUGGUUUGUCCAAGGCCAUUCUAUAUGCCGUUCGACCCAUGUUCGCCUUUCUCUGCAGUCAUUUCUAAUGAUAUUGACCCAACAUAAUCCAUACCACGUUGAAACGCGAAACUGGCUCGGACUGCUUCGAACUGCUUUGGACAAUCAAUCCUUAUUAUAUAUAUUAUUUAAAAGUAUUAAUCUAUAUAGUAUAUACUACGUAAUGACUGCCACACUGUGCAGUCAUAAAAACUUUUUGCCAGAUCCUGGACACCACGUGUUUGUUUUUUUUUGGUUUUUUUUUUUGUGUGUUUUGUAAACCAUCUGGGAUGAUUAUUCUAGGACAUCUAAUUAGGUUUACCCUUGUGGCAUAACUAAAUGUUCUGCCCGAUUCUAUAAGCCGCAAUUUUGGUAGAUUGUGCAACAUCUACCUAUUCUACCUAUCAAUAGUUAGAUACAGGCCACAAACUAUAGGCCUCAUUACAUAUUUCACGGCAUGGUUUGCUUUCAAGACCCUGUGAGUAUGUACAUAAUCUAACUGCAUAUAUACUUAAAUACUAAGGAAUAAAUCUACAAUCCUCACAUAGACUCACCUACAUGUGAUGGACAGAUUACGGAAACAGUACACAGUGUAAAACAAGGACUAAGUUUACAAUAUCUCAAUGCAUAGUCUACUUUCCAGACCCUGUUAAGAUGAAUUUUAGAAAACCAUUUAUUCAAAUAAGAUACAGCAUUACAGGAAAAUUACACAACAAAAUCACAAGUCUUGUUACCAAUUCUAAAUUUGCAAUAUCGCAGUAUGGUCAGAUCCGACCCUGUGAUAAGUUCAUGUGCAUCAUUAAAUUACACCUAUCAAUUACCAAGUAAUAAUUUUACAUACAGUACAUGCUAACUUCAGUUACGAUAUUUCUACAACGGAUUUACAUAAAAAGAUACAAAAUAACGCGUGCACCUUUUAUACAAUAUUUCACGGCAUGGUCUACUUUCGGGACCCGUUGAGAAUGAAAGAGAUCCAUUAGAUUAAUAAUGAUUACAAGUAAACAGGUUCAAGAUGCAUGUGGAGGUCCUAUUACCUAUAUUCCAGAAUUAAAACAUCAAAUCACACCUAUCAAUUACUAAGUAAUAACUUUACAUACAUUAAAUGCCAACGUCAAUUACGAUAUUUCUACAAUGGAUUUACAUAUAAGGAUAUGCAACGCACUGUUAUACACGUGCACCUCUUAUACGGGGUCUCACGGCAUGGUCUACUUUCAAGGCCCCGUUGAAAAUAUAAGAAAUCCAUUGGGUAUAUGUGUGUAUAUGUAUGUAUAUGUGUAUAUGUGUAUAUGUGUAUAUGUGUAUAUGUGUAUGUAUGUAUAUGUAUAUGUAUAUGUGUGUAUAUGUGUAUAUAUAUGUGUUAUGAAUAUAAGUAAACCACAGGUCCAAGACACAUAUAAAGGUCUUAUUACCUAUUCCAAAAUUAAAAUAUUGCAAGCCCUAUUACCAAUUCCUAAUUUGCAAUAUCGCAGUAUGGUCAAAUCCGGCCCUGUGAUAAAUUCAUGUGCAUCAUCAAAUCACACCUAUCAAUUACCAAGUAAUAACUUUACAUACAAUACACGCUAACUUCAAUUACGAUAUUUCUACAAUGGAUUUACAUAAAAAUACACAAAACAACGCACGCAUUACACGCGUGCACCUUUUACACAAUAUUUCACGGGAUGGUCUAUUUCAAGACCCCGUUGAAAAUAUAAGAAAUCCAUUGGAUGAAUAAUGAUUAUAAAAUAUAAGUAAACCACAGGUCCAAGACGCAUGUAGAGGUCCUAUUACCUAUCCCAAAAUUCAAAUAUUGGAAGAUAGGCCAGCUAACCCAUUAAGCACCAGUGCUCUUCCUCUUGACGAGUAAAAUCAGAGUAAAAUAAUAAAGUAGGGUCCAUCAGGGCACAAUGUGACUCAGUGGGUUAAUUACUGUCACAUAACAUUACUAAGUAAUUACCCACAUAACAUUAAUAUGUAAUUUAAUAUCAUACUGCAAUUAGUUCUUACAUUUCGGCGAUUUUGCAAGAAAGGGGCUUCGGUGGCGAAGUGGUUAGCGCACUUGCCUUUCACCUCUAAGGCCGCAGGUUCGAAUCUCGAUGAGGACUUCUCAUUGUGACUGGAACCCAGUCCUAAUGUGAAAAGAGUAAGUCAACGCUCUGCCGAAAGUCGUGGGUUUUCUCCGGGCACUCCGUGUUUCCUCCCACAGGGAAAGUUGACAGGGUGGGUUAGGCACAUAACUAUGUAAAUGCACGACCACAUCAGCUAUGCUGCGAAUUUAAUCGUGUUGAAAUAAAUGCUACAAACAAACAAACAAACUAGCUUGAUUCACGAAUUUAUUCAAAUAUGCACUCUUACAGUAAUUGAUGUUUUGAACAGUUGACAUUUUUAUUACGUUUUUAUUAAUUAAAGUUCCGUUAAGUUAAUUAUUAUGUCAUCGACGCAUGUUAUGUAAUUUAAGACGAGACAUUUAAGUUGAAAUAUAGAAAAGCUAAAAUGAGCCACGCUUUUAACAGCUGUAAAACGAUUGUAUAGAGAGUUCGAGCGCGAGGAGAUCUACCCUUCAGGUACUAUUUUAUAGUUUUAUAGUUCCGUGAACAGUCUUCAGUGUUAUUUGUUUUAUUAGUUAACUUUAUAGUCGAUUUUAGCGAACAUUUUAUUAUUAUAUUAUCUUUGUUAUUGUAAAAAUAUGAUUGGAACGUGCAUGUUAUAUCUUAAAUGCAUCUAAAUUAAACAACAAGUGUUGAAUAUAAUUUGCCAGAAGACCAAUCUCCUAAAUUUAAUGCAAAGCAUACAAAAAAUGUGACUGUUGUUGUUGGUAAUUCAAUGGUGAAAAAUCUACAAGGCUGGCGCCUGUCUACUGAAGAAAACCACGUUGUUGUUAACAGCUUCGCUGGUGCGACGACUUCUGAUGUGGAAGAUUAUGUAAAACCAUUUAUCCGCAAAGAGCCUCAAAAAUUAAUCUUACACGUAGAUACUAACGAUCUUAAGAAAUCGCCUCCUAAUCGGGUAGCCGAGGGAAUUGCGAAUAUUCCAACUCAAAUACAGGAAGAUUCUCCAGGAACUGAAAUAGUCAUAUCAAGUUUAUUACCUAGAUCGGACAAGACAGAAGUUAACGAAACAAAUAAGUUAAUUAACGCUAUUUGCUGUAAGAGUAAGUGGAAAUUUAUUGACCAUAAACUGAUUACCAUUGCCAGACUAAAAACGCGACAUGCGAUUACGCAACACCUCAAGUGCACGUAUCCGAUUGCUUUUAAUUAAUUUUUUUGGUAUAGAAUUGUAUUAGAAUUGCACAAUUAUUUAAAAUAUUAGCUAAACUGUUUGUUAAUCGGAACAAACGAAAGUAAGACAUUAUACAGUAAAUAUCGGAGAAUAUUAUCCACCAAAUAGUUACCGUAUACCACAAAUCGCGACUUGUCCCCUGCGAAUUUUAUGAAAUUCAGUUUCCUAUAAUAAAGGCCGUGACUGUAAUAAUACAUGUCAAAUAGACAGCAGUGACUAUAAAACAGCCGAAAAAAAUGAAAUGGACGGACAAAAUUUACAAACGAAACCUGAACGUGGGACUCGAAGUUGUCUAGUAUCGUGAUAUUUAAAUAUUUCGUUCUCUUACCUUAUUCCCGUUUGUCCCUCGUAAAAUAUAUUUCAACGCAGACGAAAGUGUUCGCAAAUCCUCCGCUAAAAGAGCAAAUAUCUUGCACAUUGAAACGGCCAUAACUUCUGGAAUAUUUGAGGUAUUUCAAAACUUUAAGGACCAAAUUAAAGCUCGCUUUCAAAAUUAUAGUCUCCGUGAUGUUUUGUUUAUGUUUGGCGCAUAAAAUAAUAUAUAUUCGCCACUGACCAAACCGUUGUGUUGGCUUCAUGUUUGUGAGACUUCAAUACUGUACUGGGCAGCGGUAUGCUUCAUUUUCCCACGAAAUUUAAAUAACGCGCCAACUGCAAAUGAAAAAUGUCUGAGUAUUUGAGCAUCCUGCAGAAGCAAAAAUUUAAGUCAGAGAUUCAGUAUUCUAAUACAAAUUCGGAUCUCAACUAUGCAAAACAAUUGCUGGCAGACAAACCUUUUGUUAUUUUAUUUAUUCCGCAAGAAAUGCUACUAUUCUGGCAUGGUUUGAAAAGUAAGGUAAACGGCGUGUCGUUCGUCGACCUCUUAUAAGCAACUCAACCACUACUGUUUGUCUUAAAACAAAGUAAUGCAUUGGAGAAAAGAAUAGCCGACCUCGCAUAUAUUGCUAAGCGUGAAUGUCAUGGUAAAUCUGGUAGGAGGAGAGUAGAAGCGCUUGCGAAAUGUCGAAGAAUGAACGUGUGUGAAGCUGAAAUUGUUGCCAAUGCAAACGUGUUGCUGAGCGAGGUCAAGAAAAAUGAGGAGACCAUCAGACAUUUAAAAGACGAAAUACUUGAACUGGAAGAAAGAUGUGCUGUGCCCUAUGCUGAAAUCCUGGAGGAAAGAGAGAAACAAAAUAAAAAAGCAAAAGAGGCAAGAGAUUGCGAAAUUAAUAUCGAUUUAUUAAGGGAGGAAAAUGAAGACCUUUUCAAGUACAUUGAACAUAUUGAAGAGAUCAAUUCGUGUAGAAAUUGUGCAGAAAAUCUCGGUGUUAGACAACAACAGAGAAAAUUAAAGGAGCUUAAAACAAGAGCCCAAAGAGCUCUGUGGUUUGUUGAGUCCUAUGGUCUUUCCAUACAGAGCCUAUCACUCACAGACCCAAACAAUAAAGCACUGACAUUGGAAUUAGGUACACAACAAGAGAACAACACCAAGUCAAAAUUUGAAGAUAUUCCUCAUGAGGACCAAGAAAAGAUCAAGAUGGUCCUACAUAUCAUGGACAGAUUUUGUAUCGGUGAUGCUGCUUACCAUGCCUUGUCGGUUCAGGCGGGUGGCUUACCCAAAGGAUACCUCAUCAAACAAUGCCGCAAUGAAAUCAACAAAUUAUUUUCUAUAACCAGAACUCCUGGUGAGUUAGUCGGUGCACAGCUGAGUGUCCGGGAUGAGCUAACACGACAAAUCAGAGAAAAGGUAAAUGUGCAUUUUUAAAGUAAACAAUAGGGAUGGGUGGUGGUUGUGGUAGUUACCGUGUCUGCAGCAUUAGGUUGUUUCAGAAAAGAUCUACAUCAUAACCCAUAUUGACAUUAGACUCUUGUUUUCAGAUGAAACAAGGAGAACAUGACACCCACAAAGUGAAGAUAUCUGGGGAUGGGGCAAAAAUAUCACGAAUAUUAAGCUACAUUGUUGUGUCAUUUUCACUUCUGUCUGAUAAAAAGGAAGUGAUGUCUGUAAAAGGUGAUUAAAUGACUGAGAGUUCUGCACCAAUCAAUGUUUAGCCCCAGGGGAGGGGGAUAGGCAACCCAGGGAAAUUUGACCAUCGCAUGGCAGAGAAAUAUUAAAAAAAGUCAAAUCCCCCUUGGUUUGCCAGUCCCCCACACCUGGGCUUAACAUUGAUAUGUGCAUUAAAUUAAGGGAACUUCUUACAGCACUGGUUGGAACCCAUCUGUUAAAUGUAGUAUGGGCGCUUAUUCAACAAUAACACUCUUUACCAUUUUCUAACAUGAAUAAUGUAGGUUUUUCUCUUUAGGAAACCAUGCAUUUGCCAUAGUAUGUGGGAAAGAAUGCUAUGAGAACAUAUUAAGUGUUUCUUUUCAAAAGUCAUUUGAUGAAAUAAAUGCACUUAUUGAAGCCGGAGAAAUUGAGGUGGAUGGAAAGAAAAUCAAAUUGGAAUUCUUUCUUGGGGGAGAUUACAAGGUGAUGACAAUAAACA